AUGAAAGAGCAGUCUAAGAGUCCUAAGGACGAGGAUAUCCUCAAUCAAACACAAGAUCCGCUGGAAAGAAGGAGACUGCAGAACCGCCUUUCUCAAAGGAACCACCGUCGCAAGAUCAGAGAACGCAUUGAAAAACUUCAAGAGCGCGUCAUAGCCAACGAACUCAGAGCUGCUGCUGCUCUCAACGGAUGGGACCAGACAUAUAACCCAUCACUAUUCCCAAGGUCUCACUCAUCUUCAGAGAAUGAGCUCGGGUUCACCUCGCGAGAUGUGUCCCCUUUAACCCCAGACCAAUGUACUUCAUUCAUGCCAUCAUAUCCCCCGUUCUCGCAGCCCUGGCCAAACGACCUGAACACAUUCCCCCAACACGUGUAUCCCGGCGAUCUUUCCCAAUUUACCGGAGUCAGUGAAGCAAGUCCCAUGACUCCUAUAACAAGUGCCCCAGCACAGCCAAUCCACAGCAUGUCACCACCCAGCUCUGGUAUCACCGGUGAUACAUACCGGGAAAUGAUAGGUACCCCGGAGACCUUGAUACCAGACUCCCUGUUUCCAUCAGAGCCCAAUCAGCCGCUGUACUACGUUGCCACUGGUCAGUACCCCAACUACAUGAUGUAG